CUUCAAACAGAUUGGAAACCCAGGGUUUCCUGCUAGUUGGUGAAACUGGUUGGUAGACGCGAUCUGUUCGCUACUACCGGCCUCCCCUGGCUGUUAAAAGCAGAUGGUGGCUGAGGUUUGUUCAAUGCCCGCGGCCUCUGCUGUGAAGAAGCCAUUUGAUCUCAGGAGCAAGAUGGGCAAGUGGUGCCACCACCGCUUCCCCUGCUGCAGGGGGAGUGGCAAGAGCAACAUGGGCACUUCUGGAGACCACGGCGACUCCUUUAUGAAGAUGCUCAGGAGCAAGAUGGGCAAGUGUUGCCACCACUGCUUCCCCUGCUGCAGGGGGAGCGGCACGAGCAAUGUGGGCACUUCUGGAGACCAUGACAGCUCCUUUAUGAAGACACUCAGGAGCAAGAUGGGCAAGUGGUGCUGUCACUGCUUCCCCUGCUGCAGGGGGAGCGGCAAGAGCAACGUGGGCGCUUGGGGAGACUACGACGACAGCGCCUUCAUGGAGCCGAGGUACCACGUCCGUCGAGAAGAUCUGGACAAGCUCCACAGAGCUGCCUGGUGGGGUAAAGUCCCCAGAAAGGAUCUCAUCGUCAUGCUCAGGGACACUGACAUGAACAAGAGGGACAAGCAAGAGAGGACUGCUCUACAUUUGGCCUCUGCCAAUGGAAAUUCAGAAGUAGUACAACUCCUGCUGGACAGACGAUGUCAACUUAAUGUCCUUGACAACAAAAAAAGGACAGCUCUCAUAAAGGCCGUACAAUGCCAGGAGGAUGAAUGUGUGUUAAUGUUGCUGGAACUUGGCGCUGAUCGAAAUAUUCAAGAUGAGUAUGGAAAUACCGCUCUACACUAUGCUGUCUACAAUGAAGAUAAAUUAAUGGCCAAAGCACUGCUCUUAUAUGGUGCUGAUAUUGAAUCAAGAAACAAGUGUGGCCUCACACCACUUUUGCUUGGCGUACAUGAACAAAAACAGCAAGUGGUGAAAUUUUUAAUCAAGAAAAAAGCUAAUUUAAAUGCACGUGAUAGAUAUGGAAGAACUGCCCUCAUACUUGCUGUAUGUUGUGGAUCAGCAAGUAUAGUCAAUCUUCUACUUGAGCAAAAUGUUGAUGUAUCUUCUCAAGAUCUAUCUGGACAGACAGCCAGAGAGUAUGCUGUUUCUAGUCAUCAUCAUGUAAUUUGUGAAUUACUUUCUGACUAUAAAGAAAAACAGAUGCUAAAAAUCUCUUCUGAAAACAGCAAUCCAGAACAAGACUUAAAGCUGACAUCAGAGGAAGAGUCACAAAGGCUUAAAGUCAGUGAAAAUAGCCAGCCAGAGAAAAUGUCUCAAGAACCAGAAAUAAAUAAGGACUGUGACAGAGAGGUUGAAGAAGAAAUAAAGAAGCAUGGAAGUAAUCCUGUGGGAUUACCAGAAAACCUGACUAAUGGUGCCAGUGCUGGCAAUGGUGAUGAUGGAUUAAUUCCACAAAGGAAGAGCAGAAAACCUGAAAAGCAGCAAUUUCCUGACACUGAGAAUGAAGAGUAUCACAGUGACGAACAAAAUGAUACCCAGAAACAACUUUCUGAAGAACAGAACACUGGAAUAUCACAAGAUGAGAUUCUGACUAAUAAACAAAAGCAGAUAGAAGUGGCUGAAAAGGAAAUGAAUUCUGAGCUUUCUCUUAGUCAUAAGAAAGAAGAAGAUCUCUUGCGUGAAAACAGCAUGUUGCGGGAAGAAAUUGCCAUGCUAGACUGGAACUAGAUGAAACAAAACAUCAGAACCAGCUAAGGGAAAAUAAAAUUUUGGAGGAAAUUGAAA